UGCAGCUAACAAUAUUGAAUUUCGAGUUAUUGAUCAAUUAGAACCUGUUUUAAAGGAAAUAUUUCCGGACAGUAAGAUAUGCCAAGACAUCAACAUAAAGAGAACCAAAUGCACUGAAAUUGUGAAAAAUGUUUUGUGCAAAAAGGAGACAAAUGACUUAGUGACACAUCUGAGAAACAAUACAUUUUCUGUGCUCUUGGAUGAAUCAACUGAUAUUGGUGAUUAUAAAAGCGUAGCUGUGUUGGCAAGAUUCUUAAACCAUGAUAAUAAGAUCGAAACUCGUUUACUGGAAUUAAUACAACUAGAUGCAAGAGAUUUAGGUGCUACAGCUUUAUAUAACACAUUUAAAGCAUGUUUAGAAAGACACAAAAUACCCUUGCAAAACAUAAUAGGUGUUGCUUCGGAUGGCGCUAGUGUCAUGAUUGGAAAAAAUCAUUCAUUUUUUCAACUGCUGCAAAAUGAUGUACCACAUGUAAUAUUGCUACGUUGUAUAUGCCAUUCUGCCUCACUAGUUGCAUCUAAUGCAUGCACUGUCUUACCUCGAAGUUCUGAAGAACUUUUGAGGGGUAUUUACACCUACGUUUCUGGAAGUUCUAAAAGAUCUGCACAACUACAAGAAAUGCAAGAAUAUUUUCAGGAAAGGAAGCAUAAAAUACUUAAACUGUCAGCAACCAGAUGGUUAAGUCAUUUUGAGUGCGUAGUUAGGAUUUUGGAGAACUGGAAUGUAUUGGAACAUUACUUUGCAAUUGCGGUGCUAGAAGACAAAUUAAAAAGCGCCGAGUUGAUUCUAAGUGAAUUGAAGAAUAUAUACACAAAAGGAUACCUAUUUUUUUUAAUAUAUGUCCUAAAUUUGUUUAAUAGCUUUAAUGCUCUUUUCCAAGGCAGAAAGCCUCUAAUCCAUGUCUUGUACUCAGAGUGUACAAACUUGAUGAAACAGUUAUGUAAAAAUUAUCUGGAUGGAGCGAUAGUGCUCGAACAAAAUCUACUUACACUAAACUUGAACAACCCGCGUCAUUUUUCGCCUUUAGAAAAACUAUAUGUCGGCCCAGAGUGUUCUGCACUUGUAAAGACAAUGCCCCCUGAUGGAAGAGAUUUAUUUUUAAAAAAUUGCCUUAAAUUUUACGUAACUGCAGCUGUUGAUUUACAGAGACGUUUACCUGAAGAAAUAUUUAGGGAUAUGAGGUUUCUGAAUCCCAAUGUUGCAUUUGCUAAAAGUGAUGAUGAGAGAAAUAUAGAUUUCAAUAUAUUAUGUGAUAAACUAAAACAUAUUAACGCAGAUAAGACUGAAAUCGCGAUUGAAUGGCGGAACUUGCCAAUUUCUUUUAGUGAGACUGAAAUUAAAAAAUUUACAUCCUUGCAAUUGCAUGAAAUGUGGUUAAAUAUUUGCUCAACAAAAAAAUUUAGUGAAGAUUUAGCUUUUCCAAAUUUAGGAAAGUUAGUCAAGUCAAUAUUAAUUCUCCCUCACUCUAACGCAGAAACAGACAGAAUUUUCAGCAUUGUCACUGAUACAAAGACCAAAAAAAGAAACAGGAUUGGGGAGAGUUCUUUAAACGCUGUUGCUGUUUUUAGGAGCUUUUUACAAGCAACAGAACUAGAUGUUGUCAAGUAUCCAAUAACACAAGACCAUCUGCAGUUACAUAAUGUUGCAAUGUAUUCAUUUAAACACUCAUAAAGAGGCUAGAUUUUUGUCUUUUAUUUGUAUUGUAAUUAUACAACUAUA